CAGAGGUGGAUUCUCAGACAGACAAGAAACUCCGAAGGAGAAAAGGAGUGAGAGAGUGAGUGACUCAGUCUGCAGCCUGAAUCCCUCCCCUUCCCUUUACUCGGGAUGCCGGGCAGCUUGGGGACAGUGACCUGGACCCUGUUCCUUCUCCUCCUUGCACCUGGCUGGGUAGAAGCGCAGCCCUGCAAGUAUCCCUGCCAGUGUCCCUCCCAGCCUCUGCAGUGCCCUGCUGGAACCAGCCAUGUGUUAGAUGCCUGCGGUUGCUGCAAGGUGUGCGCCAGGCAGCUGGGUGAGCUCUGCUCCCUUCAGAAACCCUGUGAUCAUCACAAGGGACUCUACUGUGACUUCUCCAAAAUCCACCGAGGCAGUGGGAUCUGCUUAGCUCAUGAGGGGGCAACCUGUGACCUGCUGGGCAAGAUCUACCACAAUGGGGAGAGCUUCCAGCCCACGUGCAAGCUGCAGUGCAUCUGCAUGGAUGGGGCCAUCGGCUGCAUCCCCCUGUGCUCCGAUGACCUGCGACUGCCAUCUCCUGAAUGCCCUAACCCCCGGCGGGUGAAGUUUCACAAUAAGUGCUGUGAGGAGUGGAUCUGCGAGGAGGGCAGUGAGGAAAACCGCUUUGAAACAGCCAUGGCAGUUUUCAGGGAGACUCCAGCACAAAAGCCAGAGCUGAAUAAUCUGCAGGAGAACUGCUUGGUGCAGACCACCGAGUGGAGCACUUGCUCCAAGAGCUGCGGGAUGGGCAUCUCUGCCAGAGUAACCAACGACAACCCCCAGUGCCGCCUGGAGAAGGAGACCCGGCUCUGCAUGGUCCGGCCCUGUGAUUUCCCUAUGGAGAAAACCAAGAAGGGGAAGAAGUGUGUGCGGACCCCAAAGCCACGCCAGAGCCUCCGCUUCGAGUUCUCAGGCUGCACCAGCAGCCGUUCCUACCGGCCCAAAUUCUGUGGGAGCUGCACAGAUGGCCGCUGCUGCACCCCAUAUGUCACCAGCACCGUGGAGGUGGAGUUCCGCUGCCCCGAGGGAGACUUCUUCCAGCGGAAGAUGAUGUUCAUCAAGAUGUGCUCCUGCCAUUACGACUGUCCACGAGACAACGACAUCUUCUUGGCCACAUACCACAGGAGGAUGAUUGGAGACCAUGUCAAGACAGAGAGGCAGUAGCCCUCUCUGUGCCAGCUCCACAGGCCAAGGUGUCAAGAGGGCUCUGCAGUGCUUUCGUGGCUGUGUACCAGGACAAUGCGGCCUCUUCCCCCCUCUGUGAGGGGCUGUGCUCUUCAGAACAGCACCAUUCACCACCAGUGGCCUUGCUAACAAGCUAAGACACAUGGAGGGAACAGCCCUGUCAGUCCCAGGCUGCUGGCCUACACCCAGAGUUGUGCAAAGGUCAGUGAAGGAAUCCAUGCUGACGUUCCUCAAACACAACCAGUACCAUGCUGGGGAGGUGACCAGAAACAGGUCUGAGCUACAAACUUGAUCCAUGUUCCCACAGACAUGAUGGGAGAGUGGAUUGAAGCUCUGUGGCUCCAGCCUGUCUCCAGCUGAGAACACAGUGGGUACAAUUCCCCAAGGCCAUUGGCUGGCCGGAACCAUGCAGUGAACCCAGAGCAUGAGCCAAAGGGGAAAUCCAGGAGGCCUGAGCUGAUGUAGAGCUCUGCAGCUUGUUUUCUACUAGAAUGGGCCUCUGAUGUGUGUUGAUGCAAAGCACCUCAGCAAGGAAAGUGGUCCUGGCCCAGUGCUGGGCUCAUGCUGAGCCUUGCAAUUAUUUUUGGCUAAUUGGAUCCAACAAGCUGGCAAAACUCUUCCCCAUUCCUUUGCCCACCCUUCUCCCUUCCACACACUUUUGCAUCAGCAAUUUUCUUUUCCAGAUCAGUUUGUUCCUAAAGAGGUUGGUGGGUGACCUGUUCUCAGGGCAGCUUGAGGUUAGGCUGUCUUUUCUCUUCUUCUUCUCCUCCUCCUCCUCCUUCUUCUUCCUCCUUCUUCUUCUUCUUCCUCUCUCUCCUUGUUAAUUCCUUUUAGCCUUGCCUGCCAGUGAGGAUGACAGCAAAGACAGAGGUACAAGGAAACAGAGAGUUGCGUAGUGUCAUUGCAAGAGACCUAGCAUGGCUCAGGGCUUCCUUCAGAAGAUCUCAGCUUGGGAAGGACUUUCCUCAUAUGAGAAAGGAUUCAGCCAGGCUGUUGCUUUGCCGCCUCCAGUACUAACAAACAGGUCAGUUCUCAGGCCUGGUGCCCAUUUCAGAUACACAGGUCCAAGAAGCUCUUCCAGUGUAAAAUUAGAGUGAGUCAGACUGGCAGCCUGGCUCAGUGUCCCCUGUGGGUCCUCCUCGUGUCAGUCGGUGGUGCCAGCAAUGAUUACAAAAGGGGAAAAUAAGAAAUACUCAAUUUAGAAACAGUUCCCCAGGUGGGAGGUGAAGCUGGACUCCUCUGGCUCAUGCACUUGCAAUGGAGUUGCAACUACAUUUCAGCUCUGGAGUCUGUAUUGCUUGUGGGUCAUAAGUUGGAAGAACAUAGUUCAGCUUGAAUCUCUCUGGGGAGUUAGAGGCACGGCUGGGAGAAAUUGUCCAUAUUUGUAACCAGAGCAGAUUUCAUUUGGAGUUGCUGAGAUGGUGAUGUGAAAAACUACUUGCUGCUGGGGGUUCUUCAGCUGCAGGAUUCACUUCUUACCCCAGACCUGUGCUGAGUUUCAACACCAUUUAAAAAUGUGCUGCUGACUCUGAUUGCCAGCUAUUAACUCCUGAACAGACCAAUGCAGGAGCAUCCCCGAGAGCACCCACCAGGCUGAGACACCACCAGCAGAAAUCCAGUCUGCCUCGAGCAUCUCGGCACCUCUGUGCUAUCAACGGAGACUCUCCAUUACCAUUUGGUCUGCUUGUGCUAGCAGAAGGGUCCAGCAAAGGGGCUGAGCUCCUCGAUCCUUAAAUAUCUUUCCUGCCUUCACCCUUUCAGUCACUGGAAAUCACAAUGAAUCCGUGGCCCAGCCAGGCAGCCCCGAUGGCCACGCUGCAGCACUGAGGCCUGCCCUGGCGCCAGCACAACUCCUGUUUUGCAGCAGAGCUUCAUGUCGGAGGACAAGCCAAGCCCUUAAUAGAUGCUGCCCUUUGCAUCCAGACUGUAACUCGUCACCGCUGACUUGGAUGCCGAAAUGUCAGCUCGGGCAUGCGUGUAGUAUCAGCGCCUCUUUUCUUGCUCUCUUGGCCUGCAGAUGCUCAUGAGCCUUCAGCUCCUGUUACUUGUAAUCAGUUUGAACUGUAAAUAAUUUAUCUCUUGGUUUCUAGUCAUUUUUUUUAAAGGCCUUUGUACAGUUUUGGUGUCCUUUUAUCACUUGCUUAGGGUUUUCUCAUGAUGUACAUGUUUUUUCCUUGCCUUCUAAUUCUGGCCUGAACUUUUUUCUUGCUAUUUACCUGCCUUCUGAGUAUAAAAUGAAGCUGAGGGUCAUACUUUA